AUGUCUCAAUAUUUGAGCCAAACUUCUCAUUCGGCUGAGAAACACCUACAGGCCACCCGUGAUGGGGUGCACGAAUGGUUGCCACGAUGGCAAUCUACCUGCUGCGAUGGCACCAUACCUGAAGACAUGCCAUUUGCAGACAAGCUUAAUAGGAUCGUCUGGAGCGAAUCUGCCUCCCGUGCUCAUCUCAUUGGCGAAUCUAGUGCCCCAGAAGUCUCAGGGUUUCAGAAGACACGUUCCAUCCCCAAUCCUUUAUUGGAUUCAAUCAAGGAGUCGAGAACCCACAGCUUGAGCACCGAACUCUUGCAAAGCUGGCGUGAUCUCCGAGUAAAUAUUCUACCACCGUAUCUUAAGAGAUCCUAUGCCAGAGAGCGAUUGGUCUCCGAAAUCAUAGAACCGAUUGGGGACAAUUUUAAAGAAGAAUUAAAGUUGCAUUGCUCUGAUUUCUCCAAGGAGAAAAGAUGGAAGAUUGAGAAUCUCGUCAGUCAAGAGCAAAUGAAAACAACCAUGGAGAUUUGCUCCUCAAUAUUUGGUCGAGACGAUGAACAUCGCGAGAGAGCUUCGAGUGCAUGGCAAUCUUUGAGCGAGAUGAUUAAACAAGAAAACGAAUCACGAUUUACGGAUCCCAAAGAUUUCCUUUGCCUUCCGCCAUUAUAUCCACGGGCUGCAGAGGCGACAAUGUUACUUGACCAGCCCUUGUCGAGAAGCGAAGCCGACAGGAUAUUGGAUAGAGGACCAGGAAUUCUACAGAACAUGGAAAGUCAUAUUUUGGAAUGUGAACAAGAUUCAAGACGAGCUACCGAGCUGGCAGAGCGCAGACAGCGAUUGGGCGAGAUGAAAUCACUGGUAAAUUAUGCUUAUACAGUCGAUUCGCACGAAGGUGGUCAAAGGGCUACCAUUGAAAUAGCAAUCAGUUGGCCCAUCUCACGGGACGAUGCAGCAACCCCAGACUGCGGCAGCGAUUCUUCAGAUGAUGAUGAGGAAGACCCGUCAGAUAUGCCAAUCCACAAAUCACGAAGAACCUCAAUUGACCAAACCUCAAAGGACAAGGACCCAGUUGCGAACACCCAAUUGACUUCACUCAUCACCGGUAUCUUGUCUGGCCCCGACAGCGUACCGGAAGAUCCUCUAGCCGAUCUACGAGCGAGACUCGCGAGACUCGCCUCUAACCCCUCGGUAACGGAAAAAAGGGAAGAAAGGCAACCUGUUCUUGCUCCUCAAUUUCAUAUCUGA